AUGGCAGCGUGGCUCUCAACAGAGCAGCGCCAUUUUGGAUUUGGUGACUUCAUCAUCGAGCGACAAACACGGAUGAAGUACAAAGAGCGGCCACAAGAUGGCAUUAAAACACCGUGCUGUUUUGGUCAAACCACAAGCGAUCUUGCUCAAGUACCUGAAGAAGCAGCCCACUGCAGUCACGCACAACUCAACAGGAAACACAGUGACAACGUCUUCACGUCUCUGGAGAACGGAACGGAAACCUUUCACACGGAGGAGAAGAAACCUGAGGAGUCGCAGUACCAGACUGAUGAAGAUGAAGAUGUGCAGAAGGACAUCCUGACUCUAAACACCUAUGUGGCUUUGUACAGAUUCAUUCCACAGGAAAGACAAGACCUGGAGCUGAGACCUGGAGAUCGGAUAAUUCUCGCAGACAACUCCAACGAAGACUGGUGGAAGGGGAUGAUUGAGGACCGGAUAGGGUUUUUCCCAGCGUCCUAUGCGCAGCUGGUGAAGGAAGGAGAUCGGGUGUUCAGGUGCAACCGUACCUUCAUCGGCUGUAAGGAACAGGGGCAAAUCACCAUAAAAGAAGGGCAGAUCUGCAUGAGCGGCGAGGAAGAGAAAAACGGCUUCAUCCUUGUGGCCAGUGGAAAGAAACUAGGCUUCAUCCCGUGUGACGUCCUGGAGGACAUCUGAACAACAGGAAGUGAGAGAGCGAGAUCGCGUAAGAGAAAGAGUGACAGAAGAGAGAAUACGCUCUUACAGGAAACGGGACGUCAAACCGGUUCUACAGUCUCCAUCUGUGUGGAAACGAGAGGACGGGAAGUGGAUGGACGUGGAGAUUGGAGACCUCCCAGAUUCGUUCUAAAAAUGUAGAAUCUUAAGGAAAGGACUUGAUCUAGAGCAUCAGAUGAUCACACAACACUCAAAGCUUUUUGAGACCGAAUCCAGGUUGCUUUAAAGAACCCAAAUCUGGUUCUCUCGGAAGCUUCUGGUGAGCAAAACAAAGUGCACCCUGGAUUCUAAAUAUCUCAAACUCUUCAACGGAUUUGUAUUUAUAAACUUAAAAUAAUUUCCUUUUUUCUUUUUUUUUACUGCUUUAAAAAAUUACUGUCCUCCUGACACAAAUUUGUCAAGUGAGUUGUUCCAAAGGAGGACAUGACUGAGAACCAAGACAUUUUAUUUUCCUUUAAAAAAGGAAAAAAAAAAUCCUUAUUCUCAACUACAAAAGACACAGAGCUUCAUUCGCUGACAGAAAACCUCAAAAAAAAGUUGCUGAUGAAGAGUCGAAUCUCUACGCGGCCUGUUCGUUAUUUUAUUCUCUGUUAAUUUACAUCGUAGGUCAUAAUAAUAAAUCACUUUCUGAUUUUUUUUUCUGCUCUAAAACCAACAUUAACGAUGAACAGUGUUGCUAAAACUAUUACUCAUGGGACUUUAUAUAUUUAGUAGCAUUAUUAAUUUUGUCUUUUAAGAGAUGAAUCUUUUAGAAUUAAUUUUUUUUUCAUUUUACUUUUUAAUCCACACAAGGAAUUAUUUCAGCCUAAAAUGAAAAAAU